AUGCAGCAUGAGGAGAGGGGCGAGGUGGGGCGGGCAGUGGGGUGGGAUAUGGAAAAGGCCGCUGGGUUGGGGCGUUCGGAUUGGGGUUUAGGGACGGUGAGUACAGAGAGACAUGCAGGGGCGGUGCAGGAGGAGGGGGAGAGAGGGGUUGGUUGGCAUGGACUGCAGAUGCGGUUAGAAGGAGGGUCGCAUGGAGGGUUACAACAUGAAGGGUUACAACAAGAAGGGUCACCUCAAGACAAGAGGUUGCAGGAGGCGUCAAGACCGAAGCUGGGUCUAGUGGACUUGAACGAGCCGUGGAGGGAGGAGGACGAGGAGGAGGCACAGCAGGAGAAAGAGGAGGCAGGGGUGGUGGGAGAGGCGGUGGAGAGUGCAGCAGCGGUUCAAACUUCCUCCCCGCAUGCAGCAGUGCCCCCAGCAACGGUUUCUGCAGCUGCUACAGCCCCUGCGCCUCACAAGGCACCAUCGCUGGCAGCAGCAGUGGCUCUUGCGCCUGCAGCAGCUGCUCCACGUGCUGCGGAGCUAGAGGCUGCUCACGCACGUGCAGCAGCCGCCACAGCCCCUGCUGACAGUCCACGUGCACACAGCCCGCGUGGGGAAUCCGAGCCUGCUCCCCCACAGCCAACAGCCGUCACGGUGCCUGCAGCAGCUGCUGCGGGCUGUGAGGCGGCUUCAGGGCCGCCUCCUGCAUCACUGGCAGCAGCCGCUGUAGCCGCGGUAGCCGCGCCUCACCCUGCACGUCCGCACGUGGUGGUGGGGGAUGAGCAGGAGUGCGUGGGUUUCAGCGUGCCUCUCCUGGUCUCCUGCAGCUCUGCAGGCGCAGGGUUGGACGAUGAUGGGCUUUACAGUGCAGGCAUGCGGGAGAAGGGCGCAGGGCUGGGGGAUGCAGCGCACAGCACAGGCGUGAGGGAGAAGGGCGCAGGGCUGGUUGUGCCUGAAAGCGCAUUGAUGGGGACCAUGGGAGGAGGCACGGAGCAGCAGAGGAGGGCGGAGGGGACGUGGGGCGUGGGAGAGGAGAAGGAGAGGAGUGAGGUGAAAGGGGAGUGGGGCGGGAAGGCAGGGGUUGGGGAAAAGGGUGGGGAGAGUGAGAAGCGAGAGGAGAAGUUGAAGGGGGAGAGGAUGGAGAGGGAUGAGGGAGGGAGAGAGGAGAGUGCGGAUGGGGGUGUGAGGAAAGAGAGAGGGGAGAAGAGAAAGAGGGACAAGAGGGAGAGGAGCGAGAAGAGAGAGAAACGGGAGAAGAAGGAUAGAGGGGAAGAGAGGGGGAAGGACAGAGGGCGAGGGGAGAAGGGAGAGAGGAGAGGCAAGGGCGAGAAGGAGAAGAGGCGUAAAGGGGAGAGGAAGGAGAAGGGGGAAAGUGUGAUGAACGAGAGGGGAGAUAGGCUGGUGGGAAGAGGGGGAGGGGAAGAUGGGGGGAGGGGAAAAGAGGGGAUGAAGGAGGAGGAGGAGGGUCGUGUUGAGGCUGGGUUGAAGAGGAGCAGCGCAGCGCCAGAGGAGCCGGUAGCAGCGCUGCGUACAGCAGACGUGCAGCCUGCAAAGGCAGUGAUAGCAGCAGCGCAAGGGACAGAGGCGCAGAGAGGAGAGACGGGUGCAUUGGCUGGGGUGGUGCCUGGCGUGGCUGCUGUAGAUGCGGGUGAGCGAGUGGUGGUGAAGGGAGAGAUGAGGGUGAAGGAGAAGAAGGAAGAGAAGGGAGAGGUUGAGACAGAGGGGGAGGAGGGUAAGGAGGCGAAGGGGAGAGGCGGUGAGGAGGUGGUGGUGGGGAGACAAGGGGUGGCGGGGGAGGGCGAGGAGAAGCAGUGGAUUGGAGAGAAGCUGGGGGAGGAGAUUGUGAAAGAGGAGGCAACGGAGGAGGGGGUGGAGAGAGAGGAGGGCAUGAUGGGAGAGGAGGGCAUGGUGUGUUGGAAUGACGAUGCGCUGUCUGAUGUGAGUGACGAUGCCGAUGCUAAUGCGGACGCCAACGCCGAUGCUAAUGCCGGUGCUCAGGGCAUGGGCGCUGAAGGCUCUGCAGCUGCGCUCAAGGAGAAAAGGCCUGAUGAGGAGAGCAGGCGGGAGGGUGGUGCGGUCGGGGAGGGUAUGGAGCGGUUCAAGAGCGAGCCCGAGGCUGCCAAGGGGGAUGCCCUGCGCCCAGCCUCUUCUGAACCUAAACCCGAGCCUAAACUCGAGCGUAAACCCGAGCCUAAACCCGAGCCUGAACCUGAACCUGGAUACGAACCUGAGCCGGGUCUGCAGAGUGAUUCUUCCAAUGCUCACGGUCGACUGAAGCCCACAUUCUCUGAUGUCACCGAACCCGAUGCCUCCGAACCUGCAGUCUCCGAGCCUAGCUUUGAGGCCCCUCGGAACGUGCCCCACGCUUCUGAGCCUGACACGACAGAAGUGGAUGGUUACGAAGCUGCUGCUGCUACCGAAGCUAUGGAUAUGGAUGCUCUGGUGUUGAGCCGACUCAAGCCUGCUCUUUCCGAUGUCACCGAACCUGAUGCUGCCGAGCCUGAUGGUUCCGAACCUGAUGCUAUGGAUGAGAUUUCCCCUCUUCAUGUGCUCCCAGACUUGGAGGCAGCUUCGGCUCCAGGUUCGGCUGCAUCGGCUCUAGCCUAA